AUGUCGGCUGCCUCUGCUCAACCAGCUGAACUCAAGAAAAAGCCAAUUUCAUUUUCUAAUAUUCUUCUAGGUGCGGGUCUUAACUUAUGUGAAGUUACAACGUUAGGCCAGCCGUUGGAAGUCAUCAAGACCACGAUGGCAGCUAACCGUGAUUUCUCUUUUCUUCAAGCAAUGAAGCACGUAUGGUCCCGUGGUGGUGUUUUCGGUUUCUAUCAAGGUUUGAUUCCCUGGGCUUGGAUUGAGGCUUCUACCAAGGGUGCAACUCUUCUCUUCGUUUCAGCCGAAGCCGAAUAUCAAUUCAAGAAGGCUGGAUUAGGUAACUUCGGUGCUGGUAUUAUGGGUGGUGUUUCUGGUGGUGUUGCUCAGGCAUAUUUGACUAUGGGCUUCUGUACUUGUAUGAAAACUGUUGAAAUUACUAAACAAAAGUCGGCUGGUGCAGGCGCUGUUCCUCAAUCGUCUUGGGCCGCUUUCAAAGACAUCUACAAGAAAGAAGGUAUCAGGGGUAUUAACAAAGGUGUUAAUGCCGUUGCUAUUAGACAAAUGACCAACUGGGGUUCCCGUUUUGGUCUAUCAAGACUAGUUGAAGAAGGCAUCAGAAAGGUCACAGGAAAGACAAACCCAGAAGAAAAGCUUACUGCAGCUGAAAAGAUCUUGGCUUCUGCUGUUGGUGGUGGUUUGAGUGCUUGGAAUCAACCAAUUGAAGUCAUCAGGGUUGAAAUGCAAUCUAAGAAGGAAGAUCCUAACAGGCCAAAGAAGUUGACUGUUGGAUCUGCCUUCAAAUACAUCUAUCAAUCUAGUGGUCUAAAGGGUCUUUACCGUGGUGUGACCCCAAGAAUUGGUCUUGGUGUAUGGCAAACAGUAUUCAUGGUUGGAUUCGGUGACAUGGCAAGAGAAUUUGUUGCCAAACUGACUGGUGACAAACCAACUGCCAAACAUUGA